CAACUAGAGCAACUUUGCUUCGACCAGAGGCAAGCAUCUCUCGCCCAUCAAGGCGCACAGAGAACCCAAGGAAAUAAAGCCUCCAAUUUCUUCGUCUUUCUUCCUCGCAAUCCAUGGCUGCCUCCCUGGUUAACGUCUACUACACGAGGCCUGUCCUCCCUGAUGUGUAUCGUGUUCUUGCCUGCCUCUACGAGAAGGAGAUCGAGUUCGAGCUAGUGGACAUGCACGUCGGCCAGCAAAUGCCUCUGGAUUUCCUCAAACUCCAGUCCAAUGGCAGAGCUUCAGUUCCUGCAUUCGAAGAUGGAAGCACAUUCUUACUCGAAUCCAGAAACAUUUGCCGGUAUGCGUCAGAGAAGUACCAAGGCCAUGGAAACAGGUAUUUGCUAGGAAGAGACCUCCUUGAGAGAGGCUCCAUCGAGCAAUGGCUGAAGACAGAGGAGCACAGUUUCAACCCUCCGAGCCUCGAACUGGUCUUCCACUUGGCCUUUGAUCCUUUGGACCAGCCUCUGCUCGCCCAGAGUGAGCAAGCACUGGCCAGAGUCCUCGAUGUGUAUGAGCACAGGCUGAGGGAGAGCAAGUACCUCGCCGGCGACGACUUCACUCUCGCAGACCUCUCACACCUCCCCAACUCCCACUACAUCGCCAACUCCGAACAGUGGGGCUGCUUGUUCGAGUCGAGGAAGAAUGUGCUGCGGUGGUGGGAGACGGUGUCUUGCAGGCCUUCAUGGGCGAAAGUGGUGCGGAUGUUGAGUGAAUUCGAAGCCAGCAAUGGCUCCACAGCUGAAGAGAUUGUUUCUGCAACUGCUAAAGUUAGUCACAGUGGAAGAAGCUCCACCAGAGCUCUACUUGUUCCUCAAUCAUCAACAAUUUGGCUCAAGAAUGGCUCCAAGAAAACCCCAACUAAGUCCACUGCUGCUCAAGCACCAUCAAUGGUAGCCACGGUCAAGAAUGGCUCAAAAUCGCCAAAUUCCAAGACUGAGCCAGAAAAUGUUGGGGAGGACAAAACUAGAAGCCACCAUGGGGUACCUUCUUCUUCCACUGCCUCUGGUACUACUAAACAGGCAUCUUAGUAAUUUUCCUGUUAAGACUAUGAAGUCAGUUUGUUUGUUUGCUAAUCAAAUGUGUUUCAUCUAGUGUUUUAUUAAUGAUUUGUUCCAGA